AUCUCCAUUUUAGCUGGAGGGAGAACGAGAGAGGGAGAGAGAUUCAGUCUGUGCCAAUUUACUCUUCAGCUCCAGUGACAGAGAGAGGAGAGCUAGGGGAAGUGAUAUUUCAGGAAUCUUAAGAGAUCCGCAAACGUGCAACUGAGAGGGAGACGAAGACAAAAAACAAAAACAUCCCGGCACGUUUACAACAGAAAGAGCCAGCAUAUGAAGAAAGGAAGAGAGAGAUGUAGUCUGUGCUUCAGUCGCGUGAGCCACCACGCUGGGAGCCAUGAGUCCUCCACCUGUGGCCAGGAUGUGAAAUCGAUGGUGUGACAACAAAGGCCGUCAUCGAGCUACAGCCACUGUGCAGUACCCGUUCUACCACUGCAAUCACAGUUGCACAGAAAAAUACUCUUUGUAGAACAGCGUACUUUCCCACAAAAAGAACAUACACAUUUUUCAGUUGUGUCUGACGCUACUGCAGAAUGCUGUUAACAAUAUAAUCACUCUUUAAUCGUUAAAGAUUUUAUGAAUGAUGACAAUGAACCGUCUGGCCUACCUUUAACAGCUUGCACACACACCUUAAAACUGUUAAUAACACUCAUUUCCUGUCCAAAUGAUUAAUUUCACAUCCUCAUAACAAGCUCACCUUGUCUGAAUCAGUUCCUGUGACCUACGAGGAUUAUGAGGCCGACUUUAGUGUUCCUACAGUUGCAGUGUCUCCUGUGUGUGUUCGCUGGUGUAUUGGUGCCCGGCAUCAUGGGCUCGCUACCUCACGCACUGCCAUGGCACGUCUCUUGCCCGGCACGGUGUGUGUGUCAGAUCAAGCCGUGGUUCUCCCUUGAUUCUGUCUACCAUGAAGCUCCAACUGUGGAUUGCAAUGACCUGCUCUUGACCAAGCUGCCCUUACCCAUACCACCAAACACACACACCCUGCGCCUGCAAAGCAACCUUCUGUCUGAGCUCAACACCGUGGCGUUGCAAGGGCUUGCAAACCUCACCGACCUUGACCUUUCCCAGAAUCGCUUCAGUCAUGUUAGGACGAUAACUCAGAGCUCCCCUCUGCCCUCUGUGUUGUCUCUGCACCUGGAGGAAAACCAUCUCAGUCACCUCCCUGAGGCCUCCUUCUCCUCACUUCCAGCUUUGCAGGAACUCUUUCUCAGCCACAACAACUUACACUCGAUAGCACCUGGAGCCUUCACCGGUCUGGAUUCGCUACUGCGUCUGCAUAUCAACAACAACAGACUCACCACUGUUGAUCCUCGGUGGUUCAGGGCUUUGCCGCGCUUGGAAGUUCUGAUGCUUGGGGGAAACCCAGUUGAGGCCCUGCCUGAGCGAGGCUUUCUGGCCCUGAAAUCCCUCCGGAGUCUUGUCCUUGGCGGUAUGGGUCUGAGAGGGUUGGCUGAGAAAGCACUGGAAGGGUUGGAGGGCCUAGAGAGCCUCUCCUUCUACGACAACCGGCUGACAAAGGUUCCAACUCAGGCCCUGAUGAGAGUCCCAGGACUGAAGUUCCUCGACCUCAACAAGAACCACAUCAAAAUUAUAGAGACCGGAGACUUCCAAGACAUGGUCCACCUGAAGGAGCUCGGUCUGAACAACAUGGAGGAACUGGUGUCCAUUGAGAGGGCCGCCCUAGAGAACCUUCCAGAGCUCACAAAGCUCGAAAUCACCAACAAUCCUCGACUCUCCUACAUUCAUCCUCAAGCUUUCCUCCAGCUGAGCAGGCUGGAAACUCUCAUGCUCAACUCCAACUCUCUGAGCGCACUGCACCAGCACAUCAUGCUCUCCCUGCCGAGUCUUCAGGAGGUCAGUUUGCACUCCAACCCGCUGCGAUGCGACUGCCUGUUUCAUUGGGCUGCCUCUCACCCUCACACUGAAGACACACAAACAGAAACACCCCGGAUGGUGCGUUUCAUCCAACCACAGGCCACGCUGUGCUCUGAACCUCCAGAGCUGAGAGCUCGCAGGGUGAGGGAGGUAUCCUCCAGGGAGAUGUCGGCCUCAUGCCUCCCCCUGAUCCCUACCAACUCCCUCCCGUCCUACGUUGGGGUAAGAGAAGGUGGAAAACUGGUCUUGCAUUGCCGAGCUCUUGCGGAUCCACAGCCUAAAUUGUACUGGGUGACUCCAUCUGGGCUGAAACUUGGUCCUGCACCAAGCCAUGCAUCCAAAGGUUUACCAGCUCCUGUUCCCUGCCACAGCCCGACAACCUCUGAGGGAUUCAACCUCACAUCUGCCUCCAGUGUCUCUCCCAGCCAGCCUCAAGAUGAUGCUCCCUGUAACCCCUCCAAACACUACCGGCUACUGCCUGAGGGAACUCUGGAAUUGAACAAGGUCACCCCCAGCGAGGCGGGAUUGUAUACCUGUGUAGCGGAGAAUGCACUGGGGGCAGAUACCCGCAGCGUUACAGUGGGUGUGCACGGCAGAGAAAAGAAAAGAAGGAGGGAGAUGGCUGCUAAUUUGAAGGGCUAUUUCAGAGCAGAUGCACGACUGGAGGUGAGGGAGGUCGGACGACACUACGCUAUCCUGACCUGGCAGAGCGGGCGCAACCUGCCUUCAACUCGUCUGUCCUGGCAAGCCAUAUACUCAAAUGCACACACGCCAACAUACACCACACGCAUCCUGGCUGGCACACAGAGCUUCAACCUUACCCACCUGCAGGCAGAGACAUUUUACAGAGUGUGUCUACAUUUAGGGAUCAGUGAGGGUGCCAAGCAUGCCAGCAGGAGAUCAAGAGAGAGCAGGAAGCCUCAGUGUGUUUCAUUCAGGACGAAGGAUGUCCUGGAGCCUCAGCCCAGCCUGCAGCUCAGCCCAGAGCUGACCUCCACAGCAGUGACACUGCUGCUCCUCGCACUCAUACUGCUACUGCUGGCAGGCCAGGGCUGGGACAACGAGCCUGGAGAGGGGGCAGGGAAGCACCACAUCCUGCAGGAAGUCAAAAGUCCUAAAGCUCUGAUCGUCAAUCAAAAGACAGAAGGGAGCAACACACAUUAGCCAAAGCAGAGUGAGGAACUGCUGUUACACCAGGACCGCUGAGAUAAUUAUGUUUGUGCACAUUUAAAUCCAGACAAAAAAUACUGACACACACACACACACACACACACACACACGUCAGAUAUACACUUUGUGAAUCACAGUUCAGAGAGGAGUGAUAGAUCAGAGCAGUGGUGUAGAAAGAGAUUUGUAUUUAUUUUAUAUACCGUAUAAAGUAUAUAUUGACAUUGUUUCUGUGUUAAGAUGUAUUGUAAAAAAUGCCUAAACCCUAAGCAGGGAAAUACAAGUGGACAAUCAUGCUCCUGCAGCACAGCGAGUGAACACAGGAGAAACAAAUGAGUCUGAGCGGCUGAUGACCACUGGACUGAAACUAAAGACAACCUGAUUCAAUCCAAGGACAGAUAUUUGCAGAGCGGCUCAGACCUCCAGGGUAUUUGUCAUGUUUUCUGUCUACAUGUUCCACAGACUGAACCUUUCUUUCUCCAAGCAGACAAAGCUCUGUCUUGAGACUGACACUGAAUGAAAUUUCUGCAUUGAUGUAAACAACCCUUUUGCUUAGCUUUCAGUACCUUGGACUGGGUUGUCCAUCUUGCAGUACAUAUACAGUAUUCAUCCUGAUUACCCCGCCUAAUGUCCAAAAUCCUCU